CUUCAACUGGACCAAGAUUGGCCGAAGCUUGAAUCAUAAUUCUUCAACGGAUUUUUUCCCGGAAGGCUCGAGGAGGCAAAAUAGAAGUUAACGACGGCUGUGAUCGUGCCGGCGGGAGGGUUUUACCGGGAAUGAUCGGCCGGCGUGCUGGAACGAAACGGAUCGGGAGGAGGAGGGACGACUCGCUUCUGACUCGGUUCGUCGACUCAGUUUUCGCUGUCUUCCGAUUGGCUGAGUUCGAGAUCCUCUUCGUCCUCUUUAUCGUCAUCACUUUCCUCAUCUUCAAAGAUCUGACAUCAAGACCGGAGUACAAUCGGAUCCUUGUGAAGAAGCCCGGUGGACCAGACUUUUGGCCGUAUUAGAUGAGGAAGAAACGCUUCUGCAAUGGUUGGUUCUCGUGCUCCGACUUGAGUAUAUCUCGUGUUUCUCUAAGAAAUGUAUGCGUGUAGUUGUCUGAGUCCUGUUUUUCCUUUCUUGUAUACGAAGAUUCGUAGAACCAGAUAAAGAGUUUCUUCCUCUAUAGUCCUAAUCCUGGAUCUGUUUGAAUUUCGUUGUUUUUCAAUGGUAAACGCUCUCAGUUCGAAGACA